AUGUAUCUGUCGAUUCUCUCUUCGGCCCUUGUACUGCUAGGUACAAGUGCUGGCACUCUGGCAAGCACUCAUAGUCAUUCCAAUCAAUCUCUCGUUUCAGACAUCAAUUUCAUCUCUCAGCAAUGGGGUCAGAUCAGUUCCUACUCUGAUAACCCUUUCGAUGCGUUUGGCGUCAAAGACGUCGGCCUACCUGCUGGUUGUCAGGUCGAGCAAGCCCACACCCUUCAGCGCCAUGCUCAGCGCUUCCCUACCAGCUAUGUCGACGACGGAAUCUUGACAGAGGACUUCGCCCAGAAGGUCGUCGACUUCAGAGCCAAUUCUUCCUCGUCCUUCUCUGGCCCCUUGUCUUUCCUCAACUCCUACAAGUACCAGAUGAACGAGAGCUAUCUUACCAGCAUUGGUGCUCGUACUGAGUUUGGCCUGGGUGUCGACUUCUGGAACAGAUAUGGUCGUAUCCUGUACAAUGCUUCUGCCGGUCAGGUCAGCUAUGACACUAACUUACCCAAUGGCACCGCGAGACCUAAGCCAGUUCUUCGUACGACAAGCCAGUCUCGUAUUCGUGAGAGUCAGAUCAACUGGGCUCUGGGCUUCUUUGGUCCUACCUACGAAACAGUCCCUGUGCCGAAACUGACCAACUACACCUCAGGUGAUUUCUUUGACCUUGUGAUUAUCCCAGAGGGCGGUACCGAGAACAACACUCUGGCUUCCUACGACUCGUGCUUUAACGAUUUCCUCACCGGUAUUGGCGACCUUGGUGACCAAGAUGUCUUUACCUACAUCCCAAGAUAUCUUCAGAGUGCAACCUCUCGCCUUCAGAAAUAUGUUCCUGCAGACUUCAAGCUGUCGACCAACAACACAUAUGCCAUGCAACUCCUCUGCGCCUACGAGCACGGCUUCCUCGGCAUGUCCGACUUCUGCGACUUCUUCACCGCAGACGAAUGGUACGGCUUUGAAAGCACUCUCGACAUAGCCUACUACUACGACUACGGCUACGGCAAUCCCACAGGAAGAGCCCAAGGAAUCGGCUAUGUCCAAGAACUCCUCGCUCGCCUGACCCACCAAUACAUCUUUGCUUCCAACAGCUCAGUCAACAGCAGCAUCACCAACAACUCCAGAGACUUCCCCUUGGACCGUCCUUUCUAUGCCGACUUCUCCCACGACGACAUUAUUGUUAGCGUCCUCACCGCAAUGUCUCUGGACUACUUUCGCGACCCUCCCAGUCUUACAGAGUACCCUCCCAACCCCGAUCGCCACUUUGUGCUGUCCAAAAUGACACCUUUCGGCGGCCACUUGGUCACCGAAGUCAUCGGAUGCGCUUCACCCAACCCCACCGCCGUGGCCAAAGACCGCGUACAAUACUACCCCGAGCAAUACGGCUACUCGCCAUCCAACGCCACGCACAAAUUCGUGCGCAUGCGUUUGAACAGCGGAAUCUUGCCCCUGGACACUCUGCGUGGAGGUGCCUGCAAAGGACGUACUGAUGGCCUGUGUGCAUUGGACAAGUUUGUCGCCAGCCAGAAUGCAUCGUAUGCGUUGAGCAACUACGACUAUGCCUGUUUCGGCAACUGGACUGUCGCCAACACUACCAAUGGACACGACUACGAUGGAACCGUGUAUCUUGGUCAGGCAGGCAUCCUGGAGAACACGCAGCCUCCUGCUAGCAGUGAUUAG